AUGGCGAACCCAAUCCCGACGGCGAACGUCGCCCUAGGCAUGACGGCGGACUCCGAGGCGGCUUCGACGCCGCAGUCCUCGAACCUCCACGUCGACGAAACGAACCAAGACGGACAGCGAGUCACCGUCUUGAAGGACAGUCAUAACAACAUCGUUUAUCCUUCAUACGUACCCCCUGAGAUCGACUCGCCCCCCGACGCUCUAUCGCCGCGAUCCGCCAACGGCCCGCCUGCGGAAGCGGCUCGGCCCCAGAAGACGACCUCAGAUCCCGCGGCUCUCGAACAGCCCAAGUCGCCCGCCUCAAACGACGGCCGUGAACGCCCUGCCAUGGGCCAGAAGUCAAGGACGGAAGCACCUGGCCGCAGGCCGGUCCCAAGAGCCGGCCCCCAGCGGGCGGGGACGUCGUACUUGAACAGGGCUAUUUGGCAGGCCAACACUCAAGAUUCGGACACCACGAGCUCUUCGAGCGAUUCUUCCGACGACGAAGACUCGACGCCAGCCGAGAGAAAGGCCGCGCAAGAAAAAGCAAAAGCCCGACGCCAACAAGAUACCGAGGAUCGAUAUCGCCGGUUCCGCGUCGGCAACGACGACUACAACACCAAAGGCAGAGUCAAGAGAGACGGACGUCUGAGAAUCUCGGUCAAGGAAACGGCGAACACGGGGUACUUGGCCAAGGCUCUCGGACAGGCCGUCAAACGGGUCGUGCCACUUCACGAGGGCGAAGGCGAUGGAGACGACCGACGCCCCGACAUUUCUCGUCUCUCGUCCACGACGACGGCUACUGCGGACCGCGAACCUAAGCCGAAGUUGAACAUCGUCAUCAUGGUCAUUGGCUCGCGUGGCGACGCGCAGCCGUUCCUGAAGAUCGGCAAGAUCCUGAAGGAGGACUACGGGCAUCGAGUGCGCAUCGCGACUCACCCGGCGUUCCGCGAGUUCGUCGAGAAGGAUUCCGGCCUCGAGUUCUUCUCUGUCGGCGGCGACCCGUCUGAACUGAUGGCCUUCAUGGUGAAGAACCCAGGCAUGAUUCCCACCCUCGACGCCGUCAAGGCCGGAGACAUCGGGCGACGGAGGUCGGCCAUGGCGGAGAUGUUUGAGGGUUUCUGGAGAGCCUGUAUCAACGCUACGGACGAUGAGAAGGACGUCCACAACGCCAAGAUGAUGGGAGAAAGGGAUCCCUUCAUCGCGGACGCCAUCAUCGCCAACCCGCCGAGUUUCGCCCACGUCCACUGCGCCGAAGCCCUCGGCAUCCCUCUGCACCUAAUGUUUACUUUUCCCUACACCCCCACGCAGGCCUUCCCCCACCCAUUGGCGAGUAUCAAGAAGUCAAAUGUGGAUCCCGGAUACACCAAUUUCAUCUCCUACCCUCUGGUCGAGAUGAUGGUUUGGCAGGGGUUGGGCGAUCUGGUCAACGACUUUCGAGUGAAAACCUUGGGCUUGGACCCCGUUUCGACUCUCUGGGCCCCUGGUGCGACUUAUCGACUGCACGUCCCCUUCACUUACCUCUGGAGCCCUGGUCUCGUCCCGAAGCCUCAGGAUUGGGGAGAUGAGAUUGAUGUUUCCGGUUUCGUCUUCCUCGACUUGGCAUCGUCCUUCGAGCCGCCCAGCGACUUGGAAAAGUUCCUCGAUGCUGGUGACGCGCCCAUCUAUAUUGGCUUUGGCUCUAUCGUCGUCGAUGACGCCGAUCGUUUCACCCAGAUGAUCUUCGAUGCCGUCAAGAUGGCAGGAGUCCGCGCUCUAGUGUCCAAAGGGUGGGGAGGGCUGGGAGGAGACGAGAUGGACGUGCCAGACAACAUCUUCAUGCUCGAGAAUACCCCUCACGACUGGCUAUUCCCACGCGUCAAGGCCUGUGUGAUUCACGGCGGCGCGGGAACCACCGCCAUUGCCCUGAAGUGCGGGAAGCCGACCAUGAUCGUCCCGUUCUUUGGAGACCAGCACUUCUGGGGCAGCAUCCUGUCGAACUGCUCAGCAGGCCCCGAGGCGGUACCGUACAAAAGCCUCACCGCUGAGAAGCUCGCCGAGGGCAUCGAGUACUGCCUGACGGAAGAGGCUCAAGAGGGAGCCGCCAAGGUUGCCAAGGACAUUGAGCUGGAGGGCGACGGCGCGAAGAAUGCCGUGCGCUCGUUCCACCGCCAUCUCAAUCUCCAGGGACUGAACUCCAUGCGCUGCUCCGUGCUCAGGGACCGGGCCGCGGUGUGGACGCUGAAGAAGACGAACAUCAAGCUCAGUGCCCUCGCCGCAGAUAUCAUUGUCGAAGAGGGGCAGAUUUCGUGGAAGAAACUCAGGCUACUGCGCCACAUGGAGUGGAACGAUUUCGAGGGCCCCGGCGAGCCGGUGACUGGUGUCGCAGGGUCCAUCGCGGGUACCGUGGGCAAUGUUUUCGGUGGUAUCGGCAGUGUCCCCUACAAGAUAGCAAAGACAUCUCAGAAACGAAAGGAAAAGAAGGAGAAGAAGAAGAAGCUCAAGAUGCUAAGAGAGAAGCGCACCGCAGCCAAGGGCCAGAACCCGCAAGCCAACGGGGAUCUCCACCAGCACGCGGAAACCAACAACGAGCCACCAAAGGCCCUCAACAAGAAAGAGGGCGACGAUGACGGCAAGAAAGACGACAAGAAAAAGGAAAACCAGGAACAGAACGGGAAGACGAAGGAAGAAAACAAGGACGCGCAGGCAAACGGCAACGCAUCCUCCGGGAGACCGGGACAAGGCGACCGCCGCGACACAAUGUCCUCGGUCGAAACCGCCACCACCGUCGACAACCCCGUCGAGGACUACGCCACGGGGGUCGGCGAGGGCGUCGGCAAAACGGCCACCGCCAUCGCCCGCGCACCCGUCGACCUCUCCAUGGCCCUCGCCCAGGGCUUCCACAACGCCCCGCGCCUCUACGGCGACGACACCGUCCGCCGCCCGCCCCGCGUCACGGGCAUCCGCUCCGGCCUCAAGGCCGCCGGCAAGGAGUUCGCCUUCGGCAUCUACGACGGCACCACCGGCCUCGUCCGCCUCCCCGUCCGCGGCGCCAAGAAGGACGGCGUCAAGGGCUUCGUCAAGGGCACCGGCAUGGGCGUCACCGGCUUCGUCCUCAAGGACCUCAGCGCCAUCAUCAGCCCCUUCGGGUACACCCUCAAGGGCAUCGUCAAGCAGACGGAGCGCCGCAAGCAGCCCGACCGCGUCGUCCGCCGCGCGCGCAUCAUGCAGGGCCAGCGCGAGAGGCGGCAGCUGGGCGACCGCAAGCGGGACGUCGACCAGCAGGUCAUCACGGGCUGGCUGACGAUCCGCGAGCUGAUGGACGCCCUCGAGGCCGAGGAGAAGAAAAAGGGCAUCGCGGGCCGCCUGUCGUCCAAGAAGCAGCGCGUCAACCACGCCGUCUUCGAGAGCGUCGACAUCGCCGAGCGCACCCUCGCCGCCAUCCGCAAGGGCGAGGACAUCAGCAAGAUCGUCGGCACCGAGAAGGAGCUCCGCAAGACGGACGAGAAGCAGAAGAGCCCCGCCACCCGGCACAGCAUCGACACGCGCCGGUCCGACGAAAACGGGAGCGGGAAACAGGGCCGCGAGUCCGCGGAGAAUUCGAGGGGGAGCAAGGACGGCAACAACGCCCUUGUGGAGGACACGCAGGGCGAGGAGGAGGCGGAGGCGGCGGCGCAGCAGGGGUCGAGCGUUGAUCGCCCGAGGAGGUCGCUACAGGCCUAG